AUGUCCCCCACCCCCAACCCUAGCCUUAAACCCACUCUCACAAUCCCCAAGACCACCAGCAGCCCUUCUCCCACCCACUGUCCGCACCUCCUCAUCCUCAUCUCUGAAAUUUUCCUGAUUCUCCAACAGAUCUCCACCCUAGCCGACAUCCGCAUCCUAAUCACUACGGACCUUACCAAACACAGCGACCUCCCCGAUACAGAUUGGAAGCUCAAUCCAAACAAGGGCGUACACAAAUACCCAUCCGCUCACACCCCCAAGAUAUCAAUCAUGAUCUGCUCGCAGACCAAUAUCAACAAGAUCCCUAAUGAACUUCUCCGCAAGCGCAGCGACGUCUUCUCCCGACACAAAGAGGGACUACUAUACGUGCAUGGCAAGCAUCGCGUUCUUCUCACAUUCCUGACUUACACAUUUGCUUUACCGGCUCCUCAUCCUGCACAUCUUGACUUGGGCGCAUUUCCCAAGGAAGCUACCCUGAUUCACGACCUAAAUGGGAGCGUUUUGCCUACCUUAUCCAUGAGGGAUCAGAUGAUUUUCAAAUUGUAUUUCUGUGGGGUCAGAGGCCAGGCUGUGGGUGAGGAAGAUGCACGCGCUGUAUGGACGUGGUUGCAGCAGACCGGUGGCUUGCUCCCGAUGAAAUGGGACGAGUGGGAGAAGAAGACGCUGAUGUUGGGGUUGGAUGAUGCGGUAGACUUUACCAAAAUGACAAAAGAGGAGUGGUUGUUGGAGUUGGGGUUUGAUGAUAGCUGGUGGAGGUAUCUGCCGCCGGUUCGGAGGACGUGGUUUCAGUUUCUGCGGGCUGUGCAGUGUCUGAUCUGGUGGUGCUUUAUGGCUGUGGUGGAGAGGGUGGAGUGGAGGCCUUCGUUGGGGGUGUCUUUGGGGCCUAAGGAGACUAGGUGGUUGAUGCUGAGUGCGUAUCUAUUGGGGUCGGUUUAUGUUUUCUAUUUAGGUGCUCUGUGGGUAAUGGAUGCGUCCUCACGGGCCUGGAUGUGGGUUUUAAUGUUCUUGGGGGUUUUGGGGUGA